AUGACCGCCACCCCCGCGCGAGCUUCAACCCUACUAGCAAACCUAAACGCUGUAACAGCACGCAUCGCCAAUGCCUCAGCUCAGAGCGCCGCAAAGAAAAACGUCCGCCUCAUCGCCGUAUCAAAACUAAAGCCCGCUUCCGACGCCUUAGCCCUCCACACAUCCCCCGCCGCACACACGCACUUCGGCGAAAACUACCUCCAAGAACUCCUCGAAAAGUCCCGGCUAUUGCCAAGGUCAAUUAAAUGGCACUUCAUCGGCGGACUGCAGUCAAAUAAAUGCGUCACACUGGCGCGGGAUGUACGUGGUCUCUGGGCCGUUGAGAGCGUGGAUUCGGAGAAGAAGGCUUCGUUGUUAGAUCGGGACGACGAAGCUGGCGAUGCGAGACUGCGCAUUUACGUGCAAGUCAACACCUCCGGCGAAGAAAACAAAUCUGGCAUCGCGCCGGAGCAAGCGCCCGCGCUGGCCCGAUAUAUUCGUGAAAAAUGUCUCCAACUCAAGCUUCAGGGUGUUAUGACAAUUGGAGCGAUUGCGCGGUCUCGGGCUACGACUGCUGAGAAUGAGAAUGAGGAUUUUGUGGCGUUGCGUGAGGCGAGGGAUCGGAUUGUGACUGAGUUAGGUCUCGAAGGGGAGGAUGCUAAGUUGGAGCUUAGUAUGGGGAUGUCUUCGGAUUUUGAGGGGGCGAUUGCUCUUGGCAGUGAUCAGGUUCGGGUUGGAACUACUAUUUUUGGGGAUCGGCCGCCUAAGAAUGAGGCGAAGGUUGUUUGA